AUGUGUGCGUGGGAGUUCCUCCUUUCGCCAUUCCGGGGUGUCGCCACACCACGGAGAGUACUGAGGGAGUCCUGCGAAGAGACCGCCUAGUCCCCUCCAGGCCUCUUCACACCUCUCCACACCUUCAUCCAGCCACACACGGUGCCCCGGCAUGCCCCAGAAGACCCGCUCUUUAUUCCCUCAGAGAACCGCCGCAGACCUCCCCGGCCGCCCUGUUUGAAAGAUUACGGAGACACCGAGGGAUGCUACUGCAGCAAACGCACCCCGCACCGCGAAAAUUCUCGACGUCUGCCCGAGGAACAGAAACAUUUGGUUGGCCCUUGACCGAAGCCCCUGAGGAUGUCCGACAGCGGUGGGAACAUGAACUCCGACGAUCGGCCGGUUAAAACGGUCCCCUUCCCCCUGAGCCACAGGCUCUCCAUGAAGGAAGUGUUUGACUGUGAGGGGAAGCCUAGAGUAGACCUGCUAAAAGCCCACCUCACCAAGGAGGGCCGUCUGGAGGAGGUGGUGGCCCUACGCAUCAUCAAUGAGGGAGCCGCCAUCCUGUGCCAGGAGAGGACCAUGCUGGAUAUAGAAGCCCCAGUCACAGUGUGUGGAGACGUCCAUGGUCAGUUCUUUGACCUGAUGAAGCUGUUUGAGGUGGGGGGUUCCCCUGCGACGACACGCUACCUCUUCCUAGGGGACUACGUGGACCGGGGUUACUUCAGUAUUGAGUGUGUGUUGUAUCUGUGGUCGUUAAAAAUCCUCUACCCGAAGACGUUAUUUCUUCUACGGGGAAACCAUGAAUGUAGACACCUGACAGAAUAUUUCACUUUCAAAACUGAAUGUAAGAUAAAGUACUCUGAGCAGGUGUAUGACUCGUGUAUGGAUGCGUUUGACUGCUUGCCGCUGGCUGCUCUGAUGAAUCAGCAGUUCCUGUGUGUCCAUGGAGGGCUCUCGCCAGAGAUCCACACGCUCGACGACAUCAAAAAGUUGGACAGGUUCAAGGAGCCUCCAGCUUUCGGGCCCAUGUGUGACCUGCUGUGGGCCGACCCACUCGAAGACUUUGGCAACGAGAAGACGCAAGAGUACUUUGGCCACAACACAGUCAGAGGCUGCUCCUACUUCUACAGUUACCCUGCAGUGUGCGAGUUUCUACAGACCAACAACUUGUUGUCAGUCAUCAGAGCCCAUGAAGCGCAAGAUUCUGGAUACCGAAUGUACAGAAAGAGUCAGACUACAGGCUUCCCCUCCCUCAUCACCAUCUUCUCAGCACCUAACUACCUGGACGUCUACAACAACAAAGCGGCGGUUCUGAAGUAUGAGAACAACGUGAUGAACAUCCGCCAGUUCAACUGUUCCCCUCAUCCCUACUGGCUGCCCAACUUCAUGGAUGUCUUCACCUGGUCCCUGCCCUUCGUUGGAGAGAAAGUGACAGAGAUGCUGGUGAAUGUUCUCAGUAUCUGUUCAGAUGAUGAGCUCAUGGAGAAUGAUGGAGAGGAAGAGGUCUAUGAUGCCAAUGCAGCGGCGGCUAGGAAAGAGGUGAUCAGGAACAAGAUCCGUGCCAUCGGGAAGAUGGCCAAAAUGUUCCAAGUUCUACGGGAGGAGAGUGAGAACGUAUUGACCCUGAAGGGACUGACACCCACUGGCAUGCUGCCCAGCGGAGUUCUGUCAGGAGGCAAGCAGACUCUGCAGAGCGCUACCAUUGAGGCCAUUGAAGCCAUUGAUCCUGAUGAGGACGCAGAAGCAAUCCGAGGCUUCUCUCCUCAACAUAAGAUCAAUAGCUUUGCGGAGGCCAAGGGUCUGGACCGGAUCAACGAGCGCAUGCCCCCCCGCCGUGACGCCGUCAACAGUGUGGGUGUCUCCAUGGGCCGCAUGAACAUGGGGGAGCCCAACGGCACCGACAACAACAGCAAUAUACAGGGAUGAUGCACACACACACACACACAUACAUUUAAACACUAUUUCAUACACACUCUGAAACACACACAUAGAUAUGAAGUACAUACACUAACAUACACACAUUUGACUUACACAUACUCACAAAUACACUUGAUUUAAACAUAAAGUACACACACAUACUUAUACAUACACAUAAACACAAACAUACAGGCUACACAAGUCAACAUAUACCCUUAUACAGUGAUGGCACACACACCAUCCUCCUCCUCCUCCCUACCCUGUCCUGUUGCUGCCCAGCCCACCUCUCCACCAGUGUGGCAAGACUUUGCCAUGGAUGAUUGAGGCGUCCUACUGGACAAACUGUACUGCAGGUUCCAUCAUUACCUGAUCUGACCUGGUCACACACACUACUGAAGGCCCCUGACCUGACCACAACACACUACGAAACACUCUACUGGACGUUCUGGAACACUCUACUGGACGUUUUAGAACACUCUACUGGACAUUCUGGAACCCUCUACUGGACGUUCUGGAACACUCUACUGAACGUUCUGGAACACUACUGAACGUUCUGGAACACUCUACUGGACGUUCUGGAACACUCUACUGAACGUUCUGGAACACUCCAAUGCAAAACAAAGAGCUACUGUUCUGUUCUCAUUGUGUAGUAGGGGUGACUGGGUGACAGAUGUUACCUUUCUGUUGUGUUGGGGGCAGAGGGAGAGUGGGGGGGAUUGGGGAGGGGAGGCAUGGGCUGAGAGGUCAACGAGCCUGAGGUGGCAUGCGGGAGAGGGACUUCCUGUCUGGGAUUUUCAGUUUCCUCUUCUCAUUUUAAAACAGGAAUUUUGUGGUCAGCCUGGUUGGUGGUUUACUUCAUUCACUUUAUUUUCUAAGAUAGAUAGAUAGAUAGAUAGAUAGAUAGAUAGAUAGAUAGAUAGAUAGAUAGAUAGAUAGAUAGAUAGAUAGAUUGAGAGAUAGAUCGAGAGAUAGAUCGAGAGAUGGACUGGAUGGUUGUUGUGAUGUCCAUGGGAGUUUAUUUGUGUGUGCUUGUGUCUGCAUUUGCGAUUGUGUGAGUGUAUGUGUGUCUGUGGGGGUGAAAUUUGAAUGGCUUUUUCAUAUGCAACGUACAAGGUUGUGCUAUCGAACAUGUUUUGCUACCAGUACUAUAUGAUAAUAACAGGACAUUCAAAUUAAACAUAUUAUUUAUUAACUUCAAGGAAAAGACUAUGUUGCCAGAAGGUUAAAAUGCAGUCUUAUUACCUGAGUGUUCUCUCUCGAUCUGAUUUUAUAAGCCAAUAUGCUCCACUGGUCAGUUAGUCAGGACUAAAGUGUGUGACCCACCGUUAAUUCACACAGAGUUCACAGUACACUCACUACACCCCAGACAGACGCUGCCUCUAAAGUCAGUCAGAUAAAUAAAACUGACCUUAGAUCAGUUUUAGUGGCAACGUCUUGUCUAUUCCACUCUUAUGUUCUAUUGCUAAAACUGAUCAUAUUUCACUUUUAAGGGCAACUUUUUAUCACUUUUACUUAUUUCACUUGCUGGGACUAGCUUCACGUUUAAUGUUCUAUUGCUGCCAAGUCAAUCAUAGAAAUAGAAAGCAUAGAAUGGACAACUGUAUCAGAAAUUGAAAUGUAGAAAUAACUAUGAUAGAUUGGCUGUUUUGCAGGCAUGCAAUCAGAAUCAGCAAUGAGUGAAGUCCAUUCCAUGCGUUCCAUUUCUACGAUGUCCUCUUAAUGUGCUGUCCAGUAGCCUAUAACCUGAGCUGGCUGCACUGGAGGAAAUUCCUAUAGUGUAUAUGCUGUUGUGUUCUACCUUGAAAAUGAAAUGAAGUGUUUUUGUGAGCAGUGACUAACAGAAGUCAACAGAAGGUUAUUUAUUUGUAAAGCAUUUAGAAACACAUCAAUGCAUGCAGUUAAGUUAUUUGGUCAUAAUAAUGUGAAAUUCGAUUUGUGCCGUGUUUCAGUAUGGUAAGUUCCCUUUUUCUUCCUUCAAAUAGGGAUCAUAUUUAUUUUGCAAAACAUUUAUGAUUUUUAUAAUUUUUGGGGGGUGAUUUUGUUAUUCUUUUUAAAAUGUUUUCCAUGAUUGUAUUAUGAGUUAAUGUAUUGUUUUAUUUUGAUGCUGUACAGACUGGAAGCUUCUAUGAGGUGAAAUGCAUUGUGACUCUAUCUCUCCUCUCUUCUCUGUUGAUGUACAGGAGUUGCUUUUAAACUUGCAAUAGCGUGAAUGAAUGACCAUACUAUAAAGAGACAGACUUUCAUUCAGGCAGCCAAAGCAUGAUUGCAUGGUAAACUCAUCUGUAAAAGCAGACACAGUUACAGAAGUUGUCUUUCAAAUUUUAAAGGGAAAGUUUACUCUCUAAUCAUAAUUCUUAAAUUAUAUUCUUGUUAUUUAAUAUUAUUAUAUUUAUAAUUAACAUUAUUCUUAAGCUCUCUGCUGGUUGCUCUUGCAUUUUUCUGAUCUUUGUUUGGUCUCAUUGUGCUUUAUUUUACGAGGUGAACUUCCUCGAGACCUUGUGCCAUAUAGUUUGUGCCAUGGCUCUCUGUCUCAUCACACACACUGUAAGCAUGCCCCAUGGGACAAACUACUUUUUUUACUCUUGAAUAAAAUAUGCAUGAACCUUU